AUGUCGGACAGUGAAGGAGAGAAGAAGACAGCGCGGCUCGGGCCCGAGUUGCGCGACAUGAAGCUAGAGGAAGGCGCUACCUUCAGCGCGGGUGAGAGCGACGGCAUACAAGUAAAGGCAGAGGACGUAGACGCCCCGACCCCUUCUGCAGUCCCGUCCCGGCUCAAGUCCUCUCGAUCAAAGUCCCAGUCGCCCAUGCCAAAGCACGACUCCGAAGCGUCGUCACCGGCCGACAGCACCAAAGAGGAGGUGGUUGGAGGGGAUAUUGUGCUGAAGAUGGAGCCUGGGCCAGGGGGCAAAGCCCUCAAGCUCUCCCGUAGCGCCUCACAGAAGGUCGUUUCGCGCCCGCCACCGCUCUACCUCGAUCUUCCAGACUCCACCGGGGCAGCCAAGGAUACGUUCGUUGUUCUUCCGGAAUGCACGUACUCGAACAAAUACAUCGGCACAACCGACCCAGCCCUAGAAUGUGACUGUAGCGAAGAGUGGGAUGUGGUUGAAAAACGAAACCAUGCCUGCGGCGAAGACUCCGACUGCAUCAAUCGCGCCACCAAAAUGGAGUGUGUGGGCGAUUGCAGCUGCGGACGGAAGUGCCAGAACCAACGUUUCCAACGCAAGCAAUACGCCGAUGUUACAGUCAUCAAGACAGAGAAGAAGGGCUUUGGGUUGCGAGCCAACAAAGACCUUGCGCCCGGAGACUUCAUAUUCGAAUACAUUGGCGAGGUUAUAGACGAGCGGACGUUCCGUCGUCGCAUGAUCCAGUACGAUCAGGAGGGCAUUAAGCACUUCUACUUCAUGUCCUUGACAAAAGGCGAGUUCGUGGAUGCGACCAAAAAGGGCAACCUCGGGCGUUUCUGCAACCAUUCUUGCAACCCUAAUUGUUUCGUGGACAAAUGGGUGGUUGGCGACAAGCUGCGCAUGGGCAUCUUUGCCGAGCGAAAAGUCAAGGCAGGCGAGGAGCUGGUUUUCAACUACAAUGUCGAUCGCUAUGGAGCGGACCCUCAGCCCUGUUACUGCGGCGAGCCUAACUGCUCGGGCUUCAUUGGUGGGAAGACUCAGUCCGACAACGCUACGAAGCUCUCGCACGCGACUAUUGAAGCGCUCGGAAUUGAUGACGGCGAUGGCUGGGAUACAGCAGUUCACACAAAGAAGGCUCGUAAGAAGAAGGUUAGCGAGGACGACGAGGAGUACGUCAACGAUCUGCAGCCACGGUCACUCGAAGACGAUGGGGUACCCAAGGUCAUGGCAGCUUUGCGACAAUGCACAGAGAAGUGGAUUGCCGUCAAGCUCCUCAGCCGCAUACAGCAAAGUGAUAGUGAUAAGGUCGGCCACCGUAUCAUUCGUAUGCACGGUUACGAAACCUUUAAGAAAACUCUAACCACCUGGAUGGAUGAUUUCAACGUCGUCAUGCAGGUUCUAGACAUUCUGCACAAGCUGCCGCGUAUCACUCGAAACAAGAUCCAAGACUCGAAGAUUGAGGAGGCGGUAGAGAAGCUCAAGAGUUGUGGGGAUGAGCGCGUAGAAGAAUCAGCAGAGAAGCUUCUUGCAGCGUGGAGUAAGCUGGAGAUUGCUUACCGGAUACCGCGCAUGAAGAGGGAUCCUAACGCAAGCACACCUCUCCGUACUGAGAACCAUUUUGAACGUCGCGAGAGAGGUCGCGAGCGAUCAAGAUCUAGGUCAAAAUCUCCAUCUACCACAGCUGCGCCAAAAGGACCAGCCAACUUGAAUGCUCCAUCAGGUCCUCGUGUUGUCAAUGCUCCAAGAGGGCCUGCCAGUGGUUUCUUCCAGGGUCCUCGUCCAGCUCCUCGAUCACGGCCUUUCAAUCCUCUGCCUCCCGGCUGGUUCCAGGCGAAUUCCGACAACGGCUCAACUUACUAUUACAAUUCCUCAGGAACGACGCAGUGGCAGCGACCUACUAUGCCGGCCAAUCAGCCUCCACCGCCGCCACCCAAAUCCAAGACGGACACGCAACUCCUGCAAGACAUCAUCUCUAGCAUCACCGCCAACGUCACUCCUACCGUACCAUCAGACUCGACGACCCCACAGCCUGCUGCCGACGAAUCAAAGGACCGGAAACACAAGAGCGAGAAGUGGCGAAGUCUGCCCCAGGAGAAGCAGGAAAGGAUCUAUGAGGCCACUCUCUCUCCACACGUCAUGUCCGUAGCUGCACACUACCGUAAGAAGCUUGAGAAGGACGACCUCAAGCGUCUUUCGAAAGAGGUGGCCAAGAAGCUCGUCAGAGGCGACUACAAGUCCAGACGCGUGAAGGACCCCGCUGCUAAGCUUAGCUCGAAACACGAGAAGACGGUUAAGAACUACGUCAAGGAUUUCAUGGACAAAGCCGUAAAGAAGAAGGAGGAACGUGGGAAGGCGAAAGCAGCUCGUGUCGAUGCAGCACAAGACGAUAAGGGUGCAACACCGGACACACCCCAAAUCGACAUGGACGACCCUUGUGAAGCCAUGGCCGAGGUUGACGUUUCGCCAAACGACUCCUCUUCGGAACUGAAGCGCAAGAGGGAAGACGAAGCGGACAGUUCGCCUCGCAACAUACGUUUGCGGACAGACGAGCCACCAGCGCCUCCACCGCCUCCACCGCCACCGGUGGGCGAUAUGCCCAUGGAGCUAGACGAGUCGGAUGCUACACCGUUGGAUGACGGGUCGAUGGGAUCAUUUACAGAAGGAACACCUUCCAACAGCAAACUGACCUUGCGAGCGGGCGGUCAGCCAAGCCCGAUGCAGUUUGCAACACCGCCAACGAACGGUGCUGGUGACAACAGGAUCAAUGGUAGUAGCAGCCUGCGAUAG